AUGAGGCCUCCCAUUCCAACAGGGAAUUCUAUGUCUUCCUGCCGUAAUGCAAUUCAGGAUCUAAGGGCCUGGAGGGGCCAGCGCACUGCAAUCUUCGUGGUUCUCUUUGCUUUGAUCAUGCUGCUGAUCAUCUACAGCUCGAACAGUGGGAAUGAAGUUUUUCACUACACUGCCCUGCGAGGGAAAUCCCACCAUCCCCCCAACCUCAAGAAAUGGGGGGUAAAAAGUGGAUACCUCCCCAUCUAUGGAAACAAGACCCUGAAUUCCCAUUGCCACCAGUGUGUGAUCAUCACCAGCUCCAGCCACCUGCUGGGGAGCAAACUGGGCUCAGAGAUCGACCAAUCGGAGUGCGUCAUCCGCAUGAACGAUGCCCCCACCACGGGCUAUGAGGCAGAUGUGGGCAACAAGACCACGGUCCGGGUGGUGGCUCACUCCAGCGUCUACAGGGUGCUGAAGAGGCCGCAGGAGUUCGUCAACAAGACCCCGGAGACCAUCCUCAUCUUCUGGGGGCCGCCCAGCAAGAUGCAGAAGAGCCUGCUCAAGAUCCUCCAGCGCGUCAGCAUGUCCUUCCCCAACAUGUCGGCCUAUGUGGUCUCCCCCAUGCGCAUGAAGCAGUUCGACGACUUGUUCCGGGGAGAGACCGGGAAGGACAGGGAGAAGUCCCGGUCGUGGCUGAGCACAGGCUGGUUCACCAUGGUGAUCGCCGUGGAGCUGUGUGACAAGGUGCAUGUUUACGGGAUGGUCCCCCCUAACUACUGCAGCAGGAGACCUCAGCCCGGCAAGAUGGCAUAUCACUACUACGAGCCCAAGGGCCCGGACGAGUGCACCACCUACAUCCACAAUGAGCGCAGCCGCAAGGGCAACCACCACCGCUUCAUCACGGAGAAACGGGUCUUUGCCAGCUGGGCCAGCCUCUACAACAUCACCUUCUCCCACCCGGCCUGGGACUAG